AUCGUCGAUUAAACUCCAGAAAAUUCGUGUCUGUGCUGUGUUGAUAUUUAAAAAAGUGACUUAUUAUUAGUAACGAUAACUCUAUUUUGUAUUGGCGGUUCGAGUUUCAUAGUGAUACGUUAUUUUUUAUUGAUUUUAUUGGCUAAACAAGUAAGGCUACUUCCAAGCGAAUUCAAAAUGCCACCUCGAAAGAAAAAAACAGUCACUAAAAGGCAGACAACGCAAGUGGAAAUUAGAAUUGAUACGAAUGAGUUGGACCGACGCCGGUUUUCAUCAAUGGGAAAAGAAGAUUCCGUCAUUAUGCUAUCCAGUGCAGAGAAUACGAUGAUAGACAAAGAUCCAUCGGUGCUGAUGCUGACAGCAGUCGAGAUGCUACGACCAUCGACACGGCUCGGUGCUAUCGACAUGACCCUGGAAGAAACUCUGAGACCGUCCUUCCGGCCCAGUGCAAGACCGCCCAAUGGGGACGCAAACGAAACCGAUAUGAGCAUGAUUAACAUCGAACAAACUCCUUGCAUCAAUCGUAACAGACCAAAAUCGUCGUGGGUUGCGCGACGAACUGAAGGCUCGAUUACUUUUUCUAAUGAGACGGGCGGUACCGGACGACCAGUUAGGACACGCCAACCAAAUUCAAAUAUUUUCUCUGACGAUUUUAAGACAGAGACUAGGUCUCAUAAGAGUGUGAAUGUUGCAGAAAAAAGUUCUAAGAAAGUGACAAAAGGACGUUCGGCAAGCACAGCUAAAGAAAAGAUAUCCGUAAAUGUCGAAGAUACCAAUUUAAACAAAACACCAGUCAGACCUAAUACUGACUCUUUUGCUAGUAAACAAAUCAGGACGAGAUCCGCUUCGCGAGUGGCAAAAAUGCAAAAUGAAGCUCAAGCUAGAAAGCAGACACGGACAACAUCAUUGAUUGCUUCUGAAACUAAUAACGAUCGUGAUGAACCCAGUGUUCAGGAAACGAAAAAAGGGAGGACACGUAAGAAACAAAGCAAACAACAAACGAAUGAAGAUUCAAAUGACAUUGCGAGACCAAGAGCUGCAAAAUCGAGAAGUAAGGCUGCUGCGCAAUCUAAAGAAAUAAAGGAUGAUCGUUCUGGCAAAAAUGAGAAAAACGUUCAAAAAGGUAAAACACAAGACGAAGAAAAUGUUACAACUCAAACAAUUCCCAAAGGCAAGCGUCGAGGGAAGAAACUUUCGAAGUUAACUCCACCUGAGCAGCAAAAGAGUCCUGAGAAAUCAGAGUCUUCUCCUGAGUUGGAUACUGAAUCCAAUCCCUCUAUUUCAACAAAAAAUACUGAAAAAUCCGAGGAAUCGAAUCAAUUUGCAUUUGUCUCGGUAAGAAGACGACCAAAAGUCGCGGCCCCAAGCACUGCUGUAAAAGAAACAGUAGCUAGUGAGGAAAGUGGGCAUGAAAUGAGAGGAUGCAGAGUAUCGCAGGAAAUCGCAGAGAAAAUGCCAUCUUUCCAAGCAUCUGAUUUGCAGCAUGUAUCGUUAGAUGAUCAAUCUCGUGCAGAUGCACUGAAAGAUACGUUACCCGAAAUUUCAGAAGCCGAUAAGUUUUCAUCGAAUGUAUCAAAAAGAAAAAAACUUAAUUCGACUUCUCAUAGCAUUCAAAGUUCUACCAACGCAGAAGUCCCUUACAGCCCGAACGAGAAGUCGCCACUGGGGGGAAAGGAAUUAUUAUUGUCCACGCGACGCACACGAACUUCCUCACGAUGUCGGCUACAAUCUCUAAGUAUAAAUGAUCUGCCCGUAGAGGAUGAGCAACCAAGUUAUACCGAAUCAUUUAUGCCAGUCAACACAGGAGUAACCAUUCGCGGCCGCUCUCGUACGCGGCGGGUGCAACCAGCCAACAUAUCGGAUUAUGCAAACGAGAAACAUCCUCAGAGUGAAUUCGUCCAAGCUUCUAACUCAAAUCGUAAUACAUUAACAGUUCCUAGCAUUAAACCUCGAGCAAGUAACAAAACCUCUGCUCAAACGACGGCAAAUGUAGAAACACACAUUCCCACAGCUCGCGGUCGCUCGCGCACGCGCCGGGUCCCUUCAGCUCGCAGCUCGCAGGAUAACAAUCAACCGACUAACUCCAGCAUCAAGCGAUCCCACACAUGUCGCAUAUCGCCUCCUUCAAGCAACACAGAAACGCAGCAAAGCACAGCACCAAAGGACCGCGGCCGCUCGCGAACACGCGACGUGUGUUCAGUGUCCAAGUCGAAUCUCUCAGAUGAAUUUAGCUCUCAGAAUGACAACGAACCACCACCUUCCAAGACCAAGCGGUUGCAAACACGUAGCAAAUCCGUUAUUUCAAGCAACACGGAAACGCGACAAGAGACGGCACCAAAAACUCGUAGCCGGCCUCGCACACGCAACUCACCUUUGAAUUCCAACGCUCAGCCACCCGCAUCUUUGGACAUCAAACAGCAUCGAACACGUAGUCAAUCCACGGUACGAAGUAAUGCCAAACCGCUUGCAGCAGUAGGUACAAUCGCGCAAGAAAGUGCUACGAAAGAGAAGUCUCCGAGCGAAUCUAUUCCAACUUUAAAUUCCAGUCCUAUGCCUCUAACAACUUCUAUUACUCGGAGACCUCGUACACGCAGCAAGUCCGUCCUCCGAGGUAAUGCCAAACCACAGAUUGCACGAAGCCGUUCCGUUCCACGGAACGCCGUUCUUUCGCCGGUUGUCCAACAGCACCCAAUAAGCGACGGUUCCCACAUUCCCGUAUAUCGUCGACAGGUAGAGAAGGAAAAACCAGUGGUUAAUGUCACGAACCGCAAGCAAAAAAUUGUGCAGCCUGAGCCGACCGGUGACGACAUCUAUGCGUUUGAUUCUCCCAGUCAAACUCCGCCCAUUGACGGUGAAACAGUAGCUGCAAAGCGCGGCGCCACGCGCAGGAAAAGGAUUCGUUCAGUCACUAAUAAUAGUACCACCCGAAAAAGGGUAACGCCAGCGAAGAAAGCGCAUCAUUUAGUCUUCGGUACUGAUAUGGCUCAGAUUACAAAAGUGGUGCGAAAGAUUGGUGGCGGGCCGAUUCAUCAAACGAAACCGAUUGGCGAGAUUGUGCCAACGGCGAAGUUAGCACCAAUCGUUCUCGGACCAGCUUUUGCACAAAAUCUAUACACGACCCGUCGAAGCGACUCGCCAAUUUCUAGCCGCGCAGACGAUGAGCGUCACGAUGACAACGAUUUCGAUGUCGAGAAUAUUCCAGUAGUGGAGGUUCCAGCAGAAGUACCAUUAUCGCCACCAAAAAUGCCGAACCCAGUGCAACGAAUUUUCCUCCAGCGAAAGGAACCCACAGCCGGAACUCCGGAUAAAACUGCGAACUUCUCUCCGCUGGGAGCCUCAUCGCCAUGGCGGGUACAAAACGACAACAUUCUGCCAAAAACCUUUUAUUUUUCACGAUCGAAGGAUCUACUGCCAUCGUACGAAAGCGACAUCGUGAUUCGUCACGACGAUGAUCGCGCCCAAUCACAACUCAAAGAGCUUGAACCGCUUACAAUGCCAGCACCGCCAAGGAAAACUUCUCCGGUCCACCCGAUUGCGCCCAAAGCGCCGCCGGAGCUUGUAUUCCGUGGCAUACAAAAAUCCUACGAACAGCUAAAAGUAACCAGUGAAAUGAGCGAAAAGCUCAUCACCGCCAUGCGUACGUACAAAGAAAACAUUCACAACGAAACCGCUCUCUUCAGCAAAGGUCCGGACGGUCUUUCGGAGGACGAGCGGCUGAUCGCUAAGUUUCGAGAGUAUGAGGAGAAUAUGAAAAAGACCUAUCAGAAGUUGAAACAAUGGUACGAACGGUCGCAGCGAAACCUUACGCACUCCAUGCAGGCAAUCAAAGAGGUGUCUACACUUCCGAAAACCCACGCUCAAAAGGAAAUGCUCGAAAACUUUCAUCGCCACUCGGAGCGGUUCGUUACAAUGAUUAACGAACUGGAAUCAGCGAUGAACGACUCGAACGUAGAAAAUGUAACUCCUGCAAAAUCGGUGGAAACUACAAAGCAUCCCAACAAGGAUAUUAUCCUGUCCGAAAGAGAUAUUAACAAUCCGUACCGAAGUCCGCUGAAGACGCUAAACAUUCUGAAUAUACCUAGAAACUUUUCACCAGUAAAAUCCCCCUUAGUUAAGGCUUCGCUCAGUGCUUUCUCUGGCAGUGGCAAGCAAAAUAAGGUCAACAGUCGAGAUCGAUUUAGCAUAUUAAGUUUAAACAAAGUUCCACUUAGUCGCCAAGCCUUACAGCACUCAACUACCGGACAUCCCAGUGUGAUAGAGAUCGGCGAAACGCUUGUUGAUCCAAGUCCACAAAACUUACACAUAACGUCGACUGAAACGCUAUCGGAUGCACAGGAAAUCGUCGGUACAAUUCGCAACGAAGAAAGAUGUCAGCAACCGACGAAAGAUCUAUUCGGAUUCGAAACGGAGGAUAAUUCCGACGAUUUUUUCGUCGAACCAACGCCGGUUAAAAUUACGAAGGACACCCUUAAGGAACGGUUGAAGAGCGUUCGCAAAAUGCUUCCAGCUCGACCAACCCCAGCCCAAUCUAGACAACAGUUGCGAUCGCGGAACAACCAACAACAACAACGGAUCCCGAAAGUCAUCGGCAGCCCCAGCAAGUUACGCUCGGUUCAGAGUGUGUUUGCUUCGUCAACACCAGUCGCUGCAGGAAAGCGGACACAAGAAAAGGCUGCGUCACAGCCUGACCCCGACGUAAACGUUUCUACCAUUGCGGACACAUCGUCGGCAGCCGAAAACGUUGAACAGCACAAGGAACCGCCAGCCGGUAAAAGUGACAACCCGCCGUUGGUUUUGUUUGAUGAACCCGAAGCGGAAGUAGUUUCCACCUCACUGAGUUGUGUGAACCGAACGUACAGCCGAAUACCAAAACGCAACCGCAAGCGAAAACGCAAUAUUUAUCUGGCGGAUUUGGGGCUCAGCGACGAUGAGGAUGACGACGACGAUGUCGACGAAGGUGACAAGAAUAACGAUGACGGGGCCCGAACAGAAGCGGUGUCAUCAGAUGACGAGCACGCGAAUGAGCACGUACGAAAGCAGCAAAAUAAAAAAAGGCGCGUUGUGACGAAAAGAAAGAAGAAAACCGUCGAACAAUCAAAGGAGUUCAAAAAGUUCGUUGAAGAAUUCAAUAGCAUGUGCGAAGAAGUCAACCGGUAUCAGAUGGUCGUGGAAUAAUGUUUCUUAACACUUUGCUUGCAUCGCACUGAGCCAUUGGAAUACGUCAUAAUUAUGUAUAUUUCUUAGGAAGAGUUUCGUUCGAAAGUUAAUCAACUUUUACUUUUGUGUCGUAACCAAUAAGGGUUUUUUUUAUCCUCGAAGGAGUUUGUUUUCUAGCUAUAUUAUAACCGUAUAUUUUAAUACUAUUUUUCUGUUUUAUGCAAAUAUGACACAUUACUCUAGAUGAUUUUGAACCCUCAAAGAAGAAUACGGAAAGUACUUGGCAACUCUGUAAUGUCUGUAACUGUUGUGAGGAUCCUUUGAGAUGUAUCCUAUUUGCGCACAAGAUUGUAAAAUUUUGAUUACUCUUUAUUGAAACUCAAAAGUCGUUACCCGCAGUGACCUGCAAGACAGUCUUUUUGAGGGUUCAGAAUAACUUCAACUCUGAUUUUGGCUAGGUACCAAUUUUGAGAAAAAUAUAACUUAUAAUAAUAC